UCGCAUCGUGGCGAAUCUGCCACUAAAACAAUUCUGUUGCGAUUGUUGUGCUCUAAAAAUUUUGAAUUUUGCUUUCUUUACUCAUUUAUAUUAACAUAAUGGUAGAGAAGCUUUCUUCUUUCAUUUCUUGAAAAUGGCAGACGUUUUGAACGACCAUGAGUUGCAAUUAAUCGAAGCUUACGAUAGCCGUUUGUUCGGCUUUUUACAAUUAGCUGAGCAAAUUUCCAACCAUGGCGAUGCCACUCACAAAUCUUUACUCAAGAAGGCUAUACGUCUUCACGAGGAUACUUUGAUGAAAGAAGGCACACAAGCUGACCCAAAUAUAUAUUGUAGACUUGGCCACUAUCAUUUACUACUUGAGGACUAUGUUAAAGCAUUAUCUGCCUAUCAGAAAUUCUUCAGUGCACAGGGUGAUUAUUGGAAGGAUGCGCCAUUUCUAUAUGGAUUAGGAAUAGUAUAUUUUCAUUAUGGUGCAUAUAUGUGGACAAUAAAGGCAUUUCAACAAGUAUUGUAUGUCGAUCCAGGAUUUACAAGAUCCAAUGAGAUUCAUUUAAAGUUGGGUAUGAUGUUCAAAAUGCAAGGAAAUUAUGAUGCAAGCAUGAAGCAUUUUCACCAAGCUCUUCUUGAUUCACAUCCAUGUUCCCUAUCAAAGUUUGAAAUUCAAUUUCACAUUGGUCAUAUACAUGAAAUGCAGAAUAAGUUUCAAAAUGCACAAGAAACAUAUGAAGCUGUUGCACAAAGUGAAAAUGUACCCAAUCAUGUGAAAAGUAAUGUUUACAAACAGUUAGGUUGGAUGCUUUUCUCAAAAGAACAACUUGGUGAUCGGCUUUCAAGGCUACAUGUUGCAGUGCAGUAUCUCCAAAGAGCAAUCGAGGCAGACAAUACUAGUGGAGCGUCCUGGUAUAUACUUGGCAGAUGUUAUGCUGUACAAGGCAAAGUUCAUGAUGCAUUUACAGCUUACAGACAUGCUAUUGAUAAGUCUGAUACCAGUGCAGAUACUUGGUGCUCUAUUGGUGUAUUGUAUCAACAACAAAACCAGCCAAUGGAUGCUCUACAAGCAUACAUUUGUGCUGUUCAGCUUGAUCCGUACCAUGCAGCAUCAUGGACUGACCUUGGUAUCUUGUAUGAAGCCUGUGGACAACCUUUGGAUGCUGUUAAAUGUUACAAUGCUGCUAAACGCUGUGGGGCUUCCAGCCCAGCCUUACAUGCAAGAAUAAAAUUGAUCCAAGCCCAAGCUGAUCUUUCAUCAAAUAUCAAUCCACAAACAAAGAGCUUGCCUUUAAUUGAAGAAGCUUGGAAAAUGCCUAUUCCUGCAGAAUUGACGUCCAGGACAAAAAGUGCAAAGCAACAAGCCGCUGUGGUUCAACAGCCAUCAACGCAGUCAGUUGCUCAUUCUACUCAGCAACCAAUUCUAACAUCUACACAUCUGUCUACAAAGUCGCAAGAACCAAACCUAAUUCAACAACAACAGCAACGCCAUAACCAAGCUUCGCAGCAGCAAUUUUUACAACGUAACGAGAAAGUUCCUUCAUUUGCAAACUCUACCACCAUAAGUCUACAGGAAGCUAGACCACGGUCUGUGGGAGCAGUUGAGCAAAAUCCUGUGUUUAAUACGGUAUCGCAAUCAUCGCAAAAUAACUCGCCUUUCUUACAUCCUGCUGAUGCAACUCGACUAUCGCAUGGAAUAUCUCGCCAACCUCAAACAACAAACGAUCAAACUGCGACUGUUUCAUUUCAAAAUCGUAGCGAACCAAUCACAGCAGUACAAGGAUCUGUGAUGUACAAUCAGUUACCAUCACUUAGUCAAUCGUCUUCUAAUCAACACCAACAGCAUCAAACUACUACCAAUCUUUGUCAAACGUCUCACGCAAUAUCUAAUAUUUCUAACUCUCAUCAAACACCUAUAAUAUCUACGUCUGUACAUAACCCACUAAUUAGUUCCAGCUCACUUCAUUCUUCUUUACAUGUUACGUCAGCAUCGCCAUCCAUCACUUCGCCAUCAUCUAGUAUCCAAAGCGUUCCACCAUCUUUAGCAAAUUUUCAAAUUGAUCCUGAUACAGGGCUACCACUGAGUAUAAUAAAUCUUCAAAAUAGUGGCAUGCUCAAGACAACGCCCACCCCAUCAUUACGUCAGAGUACCGUCAUCGAUCAUGAUAAUAUAUCAAGUGGCAUGCUACUUUCAUCACGUGAUCCAGUUCUUUCUGCAAGUCCAUUUAUAAGCGAACCUACAUGCAAUACUCCUACACAACCAUUAACAGUUAAUGUAUCCACAGUUACUUCUGUUCCUGCUGGUGCUGCUUCUACGGGUGGUAGUCCUCCUCUGAUCUCACCUACGGUCAUGUCAUCUGGACUGUUGUCUCCAACGCGAUACUCACUUCUUUCACCAUCUGAAGUGAAAAAAACGAGUCAACAAGGCAUGGGUUUUAGUGGUCUUGGUUCUUUAAAAGUGUCUUUACUACUUGAGCCAGGAUCUUUACCACAACCACCACCAUUACCGCAACCUUCUUGUCCUGUAGAAAAAUUGUCACCUCCUACACCUAGCAUACGCGUCGAAACGAAGUCUGAAGCAUACUCUUCGGAACUUCGAAAUCUCUGUCUUUCUCCUUCUCAACCAAUAACGGUGAUCAGAGGUCUCGAUAAAGCACUGGGAAUGGAUCUUGGUUUGUUCUCCACAAAAGCAUUGCUCGAUGCGCAUGCGGAUCACGAAGUUGAAGUGCGAACACAAAAACAACAGCCGUCAGAUGAAAAUCUUGAUGAAGAAGGAAGAAAAGUUUGGUUAUGUGAAAGUAGUAGAUCGUAUUCUACCAUUGCAAAAUAUGCUCAUUAUCAAGCAACAACGUUUAAAGAGGUUUGUAUGUUUAACAUCAACAAUGCAUCAAACGAUCAAAAAAGUAUGUCCGAUAGUGAUUCGUCAUCUUCUGGUCAUAAAAGAUGGAAACCGCAGUUUAACGAAUUGAACAAGCUUCCUCCGUUUUUACGAGUUUUCUAUGCUGGAAAUAUGCUAAGUCAUGUUGAUCACGUGAUACUUGGAAUGAACUCUGUUCAACUGUACAUGAAGAUUCCAGGAUGUAGAACUCCGGGUCAUCAAGAAAACUUAAACUUCAGCUCCGUGAACAUUAACAUUGGACCUGGUGAUUGUGAAUGGUUUGCUGUACCUUUUGAAUAUUGGGGUGCUAUUCAUAACUUCUGUGAGAAGAAUAAUGUUGAUUUUCUUAUGGGAUCAUGGUGGCCAAUCCUCGAAGAUUUGUACGAAGAGCGCGUUCCUGUAUAUCGAUUCGUUCAGAAACCCGGAGAUCUAGUGUGGGUUAAUGCUGGCACAGUGCAUUGGGUUCAAGCUAUUGGAUGGUGCAAUAAUGUUGCUUGGAAUGUUGGUCCUAUGACAGAAUUCCAGUAUAAUAUGGCUGUUGAGAGGUACGAGUGGAAUAAAUUACAAGUCAAUUGUCCAAUGAAUUUAUUGACUUGGAACUUGGCACGAAAUGUCAAAAUUUCCGAGAAGAAAUUGUACGAGCAUAUGAGAGAGGUAUUAGCUCGGAUUCUGAAAUAUUGUCAAGUAACCUUGGAUUGUUUAAAAGAAGCUGGAGUCACUGUUACUUUGCAGAGAAGAGUUGAGCACGAAGCUGCUCAUUAUUGCGCCGUGUGUGAGAUUGAGGUUUUUAACAUCCUAUUUGUAACUACUAAUAAGAAACAUCUGGUGUAUUGUCAAGAUUGUGCAAGGAAAACAAAUGAUGUUCUUCAAGGAUUUAUUGUUUUGCAGCAGUUUCCCAUGGAUGAACUCUAUAAAACUUUCAACGACUUCAGACUCUAUAAGCAACCAUCCAGUACAAGGUAACGAAUACUGGUGCUCUCGUCAUAAGAGUUUUGUAGUGAAUAUUUAUAAGGAAAAACAUGAUGUUCAUUUGUAUAUUUCACAAACGUUGUACAUACAUAUACAUAUUGUGCACUGAUAUUUUCCUAUUUUGUGUGAAAAGUUAUAACCAUCGAAUUUUGCUUCAUCACCUAAAUUUAACUUAUUGCAUUUGAUCUAUAGGCCAUAAAUCCUUAUUCACUUGUUAUUGCUAAAUAGCCAAGAACGUUGGCAGAUUAUACAUGCACUUGUACCUCACUUUGAGUCACGCAUCAUCAAUAAAACAUCCAUAAUUCUUCCAA